GGGAUAGGAGGCAGAGCGGGUUCCGGAGGCGCGGUGAUGUCGGCGCCCCGAGGCCGGGGUCCGGUGGUCGCGCCCCGGGGGCUGCAGCCCCGCCCUCACAUGUGCCCGCCCCGCCCGGCGGCAGCGCUGCUACCUCAGCAGCCGCCGCGGUGCAGCCCGCGCGGGACGGCGAGCGCUGAGGAGCGGCCGUGGGGUGAGGCGCUGGCUGUAGCGGGGUCGCCGCGGGGCUGGGGCGCCGGACGCCGCGGCCGUAGGGCCGAGGGGCCGAGGUGCGGGACUGCGGGCUGCUACCAGGACGCCGGCGCACUGAGGCAUGCGGCGGAGGUGUGCCAACUAGGAAUUGGACGGCUGAGCGUGUGGCAGUCAGGAUCCAAUCUCUGUCUGACUCCUAAGCCUGUGCUCGGAAGCCUUCUGGUGUCUGUGCCUCCUGAGAUCCUGCAUGGUUGUUCCCCUAAGGAAUUUUCCGUUGGGAAACAGAAACAAUGGCAAACAAUACUGCUUGGAUGUGAGUAACCCUAUGAUGACUCACAGGGUUGUUUCAGGAUGAAGAUCUAGCAGAUAUUAACGUGACGGCGUCAGGUGGAUCGACAGCCCCCCCACUGCCCCAUUUAUCAGGGGCUUGAGAGUGGGGCGACAUGGAGGAGCGUAAGAACGAGGCGACGAAUCGGGCUCACAUCCUCUUUGACCGGUUCGUGCAGGCCACCACUUGCAAGGGGACACUCAAGGCCUUCCAAGAGCUCUGCGACCACCUGGAACUGAAGCCUAAGGACCACCGCUCCUUUUACCACAAGCUCAAGUCCAAGCUCAACUACUGGAGAGCCAAGGCCCUCUGGGCAAAGCUGGACAAGCGGGGCAGCCACAAAGACUACAAGAAGGGAAAGGCGUGCACUAACACUAAGUGUCUCAUCAUUGGAGCUGGCCCCUGCGGUCUCCGCACAGCCAUCGAUUUAUCCUUAUUGGGAGCUAAGGUGGUCGUGAUUGAGAAACGAGAUGCCUUCUCCCGCAACAAUGUCUUGCAUCUCUGGCCAUUCACCAUACACGACCUGCGAGGCCUGGGUGCCAAGAAGUUCUACGGCAAGUUCUGUGCUGGAGCCAUCGACCACAUCAGUAUCCGUCAGCUUCAACUAAUACUUUUGAAAGUAGCAUUGAUCCUAGGCAUUGAAAUCCAUGUCAAUGUGGAAUUCCAAGGACUUGUGGAGCCUCCUGAGGACCAAGAAAAUGAACGGAUAGGUUGGCGGGCCCUGGUGCACCCCAAAACCCAUCCUGUAUCAGAAUAUGAGUUUGAAGUGAUCAUUGGAGGGGAUGGCCGCAGGAACACCUUGGAAGGAUUUCGUCGGAAAGAAUUUCGUGGCAAACUGGCCAUUGCCAUUACAGCAAAUUUUAUUAACCGAAAUACAACCGCAGAAGCCAAAGUGGAAGAGAUCAGUGGUGUGGCUUUUAUAUUCAACCAAAAAUUUUUCCAGGAACUGAGGGAAGCCACAGGGAUCGAUUUGGAGAACAUCGUCUACUACAAAGAUGACACACACUAUUUUGUUAUGACAGCCAAAAAGCAGAGUUUACUGGACAAAGGGGUGAUACUGCACGACUACGCCGACACGGAGCUCCUGCUGUCCCGGGAGAAUGUGGACCAGGAGGCCCUGCUGAGCUAUGCCCGGGAGGCGGCCGACUUCUCCACCCAGCAGCAGCUGCCCUCCCUGGACUUCGCCAUCAACCACUACGGGCAGCCCGACGUGGCCAUGUUCGACUUCACGUGCAUGUACGCCUCCGAGAACGCGGCCCUGGUGCGGGAGCACGGUGGCCACCAGCUGCUGGUGGCCCUGGUGGGGGACAGCCUUCUGGAGCCUUUUUGGCCAAUGGGAACAGGAAUAGCCCGGGGCUUUCUAGCUGCUAUGGACUCGGCCUGGAUGGUGCGCAGUUGGUCUCUGGGAAGGAGCCCCUUGGAAGUCCUGGCAGAGAGGGAAAGCAUUUAUAGGUUGCUGCCUCAGACCACCCCCGAGAAUGUAAGCAAGAACUUCAGCCAGUACAGCAUAGACCCCGUCACCAGAUACCCCAACAUGAACGUCAACUUCCUCCGGCCAAGCCAGGUGCGCCAUCUGUAUGAUACUGGAGAAACAAAAGAUAUUCAUCUGGAGAUGGAGAACCUCGUGAAUUCCCGAACUACCCCAAAAUUGGCCCGCAAUGAGGCUGUGGCUCGUUCCAGCAAACUGCUGGGUUGGUGCCAGCGGCAGACAGAUGGCUACGCUGGGGUGAACGUGACGGACCUCACCAUGUCGUGGAAGAGCGGCCUGGCCCUGUGUGCCGUCAUCCACAGAUACCGCCCUGAUCUGAUAGAUUUUGAUUCUUUGGAUGAGCAAAAUGUGGAGAAGAAUAACCAGCUGGCCUUUGAUAUUGCUGAGAAGGAGCUGGGCAUUUCUCCCAUCAUGACAGGCAGAGAGAUGGCCUCGGUGGGGGAGCCGGACAAGCUGUCCAUGGUGAUGUACCUGACCCAGUUCUACGAGAUGUUCAGGGACUCGCUCCCCUCCCGAGACGCCUUGGACCUGAAUGCUGAGGAGAGGGCCGUCCUGGUAGCCAGCACUAAAUCCCCUAUCUCCUUCCUGAGCAAGCUGGGGCAGACCAUUUCUCGGAAGCGCUCUCCCAAGGACAAAAAGGAAAAGGACUUGGAUGGUGCUGGGAAGAGGAGAAAGACCAGCCAGUCGGAAGAGGAGGACGCACCCCGGGGCUACAGAGGAGGAAGGCCUACGCUGGUGAGCACACUGAGCGACCGGAGGGUGGAUGUGGCCCUUGGCAACCAGAACAAGGUGAAGUACAUGGCGACCCAGCUGCUGGCCAAGUUUGAGGAGAACGCGCCCGCGCAGUCCACGGGCGUGAGGAGACAGCCGACACAAGAGCGUGGGCUCAGCCAGCCGUCCUGCUGCCUGCCUGAGCAGGGUCGCCCUGCUCCCGCCCCCCAGUGGAAACAGCGACAGGAAAAGGAGCAUUCUCGGACCUGCCCCAAAAAAGUGAUCACUCUCUCUCCUCCCCCUACUCCGCCUCCCUGUCGGGCACGUGGCGACCAGCAGACGUACAGCGAUCUUGAUGCUGACAGCCGUGGCAAGCAGAGUCCCCACCACGAGAGGCCAGAGCCUGAGCCUUCUCGUCGAUUUUUUGUCGACCAGUGGGAGCUUUCUCUAAGCCUCCGCUCCGCCAGCCGCCCUGCCUCUCCCUCCUCUGACUUCCUCCGACAGAAGUAUAUAAAGAUGUACACGGGCGGAGUGAGCUCAUUGGCUGAGCAGAUAGCCAAUCAGCUUCAAAGGAAAGAACAGCCUAAAACCCUUCUAGACAAGAAGGAACUGGGCUCUAUGAAGAAGGAGUUCCCACAGAACUUGGGAGGCAGCGACACCUGCUACUUCUGCCGGAAGCGGGUCUACGUGAUGGAGCGCCUGAGCGCCGAGGGCAAGUUCUUCCACCGGAGCUGCUUCAAGUGCGAGUACUGCGCCACCACCCUGCGCCUCUCGGCCUACGCAUACGCCCUCGAGGACGGUAAAUUCUACUGCAAACCACACUACUGUUACCGGCUGUCCGGGCCUGUACAGAGGAAGAGACCAGCAGUGGCCCCUCUGUCUGGAAAGGAGGCCAGGGGACCCCUGCAGGACAGCCCUGCUGCAGACACCAACGGACAGCCCAGCACCAGUGCCAGCCCUGCCGAGAGAACUCCAGGCCCGAGCGUGAACGGCCUGGAGGAGCCCAGCAUCGCUAAGAGGCUGCGGGGCACCCCGGAGAGGAUUGAGCUGGAGAACUACCGCCUGUCGGUGCGGCAGGCGGAGGGGCUGGAGGAGGUGCCCGAGGAGACGCAGGCCGAGCACAACCUGAGCAGUGUGCUGGACACGGGGACGGAGGAGGACGCGGCCAGCAGCAGUUCUGAGUCCGAGAUGGAGGAGGAGGAACCCCCACUGCCCCCCUCGGACCUGGGCGGCGUUCCCUGGAAGGAGGCCGUGAGGAUCCAUGCUCUUCUGAAAGGAAGGAGUGAAGAGGAGCUCGAGGCCUCCAGGAGCUUCGCAGCUGGGGAGGAGGACGCGGAGGACGCAGGGGACGAGGAGGACGAGGAGGACGAGGAGGACGAGGAGGACGCGUCUAGUGAAGGAGAGUACUGGCCCCGGGACAGAGAACUCCUGCAAGGCCAGCCGCUGGGGCACCUGCCAGAGGAAGAGGACAUGGGUACACGUGAAGCUGGGAGCCCAAGGCUGCAGCAGCUCGUAAAUCCAGCCGAUCCCUUGGAGAUCCAGGCUGACGUGCACUGGACGCACAUCCGUGAGAGCCAGGAGGAGCAAGUGUCACCAGCCUCUGAGUCCCCUCCUUCCAGAGGGCCCGACCUUCCCUCCGUUCGCCGUGCAGCAGUGCAGGCCUGGCUGGAGUCGGUCUCCGGAGUCCCGUUUGACGAGGACGACCUGGAAGAAGAUGUGGACUCAGAGCCAGCAGAGAUAGAAGGCGAGGCAGCGGAGAAUGGGGACACGGGGGACACUGGCGCAGAGCUGGGCGAUGGUCAGCACUGGUCGGACGACGUUCCGUCAGAGACUGACACGGAGCUGCAGCAGGUGGCGGCGGGAGUGGGACUGGAGCUGCGGGUGUCUGAAGGCGAGGAGGAGCCACUGCCGGCCUUGGCAAGGCGCCCAGAGAGAGGUCGCUCCCAAGUCUCCAGCCCCAGCCGGUCCCCUGAGGAGCACUCGGUCCUGUCCUCCCCAGCCCACAGCCCCAGGGCACAGGGCGCCCGAGCCCCGCGCGCCUCUGCAGCCGCCCCGAGGGGGCUGCCCGCGGAGAGCCCUAUGCCAGAGCCAGAGCCAGAGCUCGCCCAUGGGGAGCCCACAGCCGGCACCCCUGUACAAUCGCAGCCCGAAGCCAGGACGCCGCCCUCACCUGCAAGCCCACAGCGCCGGUCCCCGCUGGCCCCCCUCCCCAUUUGCUCCCAGCCUCAGCCGUCCGCCGAGGCCACCGUGCCGUCCCCCACCGUGUCCCCCAUCCGCUUCCAGCCUGUGCCAGCCAGAACCUCCACCCCCCUGGCCCCCCUCCCCGUGAAGAGCCAGGGGGUCACCAAGGACACACUGGGCAGCCCCCUCCCUGGGGACGAGGCCCUGAGACGCAGCGACCUGGUGGCAGAGUUCUGGAUGAAGAGCGCGGAGAUCCGCCGCAGCCUGGGGCUCACGCCCGUGCGACGGGGCCCUGGACCUGAGCCCGCGUUCCAGCCCGCGCCCCUGCAGGCCUGUCGAGCUGAGAAGCUCCCCCAGGGCGAGGGACCCUGGCUUCUGAAACCCACACCUGUCCCCGGGAGGCUGGGGCCGCCUGCCGCCAGGGGGACCCAGCCCUCCCCGCCCACCCCGGGGUCCCCACCUGGCAGGGAGCCGAAGGGCGCCCGGGCGGAGCACAGAGACCUGUCCAGCAGCUCGGGGCUGGGCCUGCAGGGCAGCUCCUCCCGCACCAGGACGCCCGGCAGCCAGAGCUUCAGCACAUCCGACUCCACCAUGCUCACGCCCCCCUCCAGCCCGCCGCCCCCACCUCCCGACGAGGAGCCCGCCACCCUUCAUGGGAAGCCGGCCCUGGCGGGGCAGCUCGCAGCCUCGGAGCCCCGAGCACCGGCCGCAUGCUUGCGGACCCCGCGGGAGCCCACCCGGCCGCCCCCAGAGGAGGCACCGAAGCCAUUUGUGGAGAGCGUGGACGAGAUCCCCUUUGCGGACGAUGUGGAGGACACGUAUGACGACCGCACGGAGGACUCGAGUCUGCAGGAGCCCUUCUUCACGCCCCCCUCCCGCUGGCCCUGCCCCGAGCAGCCCCUGGCCCAGGAGAGAGGCCGGGGGCCUGAGAGUGGGCUCCCGCCACAGAAGCGGGGGCUGCCGCUGGUCUCCGCCGAGGCCAAGGAGCUGGCAGCCGAGCGUAUGCGCGCCCGGGAGAAGUCAGUGCGGAGCCCGGCGCUGAGGGAUGCCAUGGCCCGGCAGCUGAGCAGGAUGAAGGAGAUGGACACCGUGGCCACCGCCCCCAGGGCCCCCAGGACCCCGGCACCCCGCAGAGCCACUGCCGUGCCCCCCAAGGGCCCCGAGGAGCCCACCCCAACGCACAAAGCCACGAGUGAGGAGGUCCCGUCGCCUCCCUCGGACUCAGGGGGCCUGGACGGCUCGGUUACCUCGUCCGAGGGCUCCAGCGGGAAGAGCAAGAAGAGAUCGUCCCUCUUCUCCCCCAGAAGAAACAAGAAAGAGAAGAAGCCCAAGGGUGACGGCCGGCCCCCGGAGAGGCCCAGCCCCAGCGCCCUGGAGGAAGCAGCAGCCAAGCCCAGGUCCCUGUGGAAGUCCGUCUUCUCCGGGUACAGGAAGGACAAGAAGAAGAAGGGUGAUGGCAGGUCCCGCCCCAGCACCCCUUCCAGUGGGACCACUGUGGACGCCGGCAAGCCGGGGGCGUCUCCUGUCACGAGAGCAGAGCUGCGGCCCCGACGCCAGCUGAGCUGCUCGGAGGACUCGGACAUCUCCAGCGACGAUGUCCUGGAGCGGACCUCCCAGAAGUCCAGGAGAGAGCCGAGGACUUACACGGAGGAGGAGCUGAACACCAAGCUGACCCGGCGUGUGCAGAAAGCAGCCCGGAGGCAGGCCAAGCAGGAGGAGCUGAAGCGGCUGCACCGCGCCCAGAUCAUCCAGCGGCAGCUGGAGCAGGUGGAGGAGAAGCAGCGCCAGCUGGAGGAGAGGGGCGUCGCCGUGGAGAAGGCGCUGCGUGGGGAAGCAGACUAUUGGGGAGAGUCUUAUUACACUGACCUCAUCGACUUGCGUCUGGGUGGACCCAUUAAAGGACAGAGGCAGCGUCCUCCCUGCCCAGCCACCAGUCUUGCUGCACUAGACCAAGUUGAGCCCAGUGGCGGGACUCCACGACGUAGACCUCUCUCCUUCUGCCCUUGCUGUGUCCAGGAAGGCAUGGGCAAAAAGGACGACCCCAAGCUGAUGCAGGAGUGGUUCAAGCUGGUGCAGGAGAAGAACGCCGUGGUGCGCUAUGAGUCGGAGCUCAUGAUCUUCGCCCGGGAGCUGGAGCUGGAGGACCGGCAGAGCCGGCUGCAGCAGGAGCUCCGCGAGCGGAUGGCCAUGGAAGAUCACCUGAAGACAGAGGAGGAGCUGUCGGAGGAGAAGAGGAUCCUGAACGAGAUGCUGGAGGUGGUGGAGCAGAGAGACGCCCUGGUGGCCUUGCUGGAGGAGCAGCGGCUCCGGGAGAAGGAGGAGGACAAGGACCUGGAGGCCGCCAUGCUGUCCAAGGGCUUCAGCCUGAACUGGUCCUGAGCGCCGCCCGGCCCUGGCUGGUCUGUGCACCGUCCGACCCAGGCUGGCUGCUCCCAGACCACCCAGAUCCGAGGUCGGAGUGGGCCUGCUGCCUCCUGGGAGUUUGCACUCAGACCUCCUCGUGGCUCUGAGAAGCAGUCAAGCGCCGAGCUGUGGGAGCCCCAGUGAAGACGGUGGUCCAGUAGCGCAGCCUCCUCGAAGAGGCCUCCCUGCCCUCCUGCUUCAGAGACGGGGAACGCGGAUCCUGGGGGGACGCCUGGUCGGAGGGACGCGGCUCCGCCCCAAUCCCCAGGCCCAGGGGGCCAGCGCAGACUUCAUCCAGGGCUGAGGAGGCCCGCCCCGCGGCCCAGUGCCACACUCCAGGCCUCUCCUGGCUGUGGCCUGAGGCCUGAGGCUGCUGCAUUUGCUUUUAAUUCACAACACUGGAAGAUACUGACUUCAGGGUCGGGCAGAGACCCUCUUCUGGCCCCGCCACAGGCCUGCGGCCUUGUCACGGGCUCCUCGUGGCGGGCGGGAGGCCUCGCCUCGUUCCUGGGUUUGCCCCGAACGAAGCUGACAGCCUGGGAGGCGUGGCCUCUUUGUCAAUUAACUUAUUUUUUUAAUACUUGAAAAGAAGCAACUUCACUUUUAUAUCUUUACCAGGACACUGAUUGCUUGGCACCUGGGUAGGGGUGUGGAGGUGGGUCCCAGCUGACCGCGCUGUCACUCCAUUCAUUACUCUUUCAUCGUGGGGCUGACCUGAACCCUCAGGUCAGCAAGACCCCCGUGUGGGCCCGGCGUGCAGCGCCCGUCCUCCUGUGCCCGGCCCCGGGCGUCCGUGUCUACACCGCUCGCUUGUCAAGUACGCGUUUGAGCUGCUGGAGGCCACGCCAUGAGGCACAGAUGCCUCUUGGCCUCCCUGUUGGAAUCCUGGCUCUGCAGAACCCAUUUUUCCUCCGUUUUGGUGCCGAGAUCUCACCUGCCACAGCACGUUUAUUGAAGAAAGUUUUAGGCCGGCUGCACCAGCGCGUGGGACCCUGCUCAGCGAGGCCCAGAUCCAGCCAGCUGGAGCUGCAGUGACGGCACACUGGGGGACUCCAGUUGGGGUCCCCCCCACACACACAUGAGCUCCGGCCCAGCUCCAGCCCAGCACCUCUUCGUGGGGAGGCACUGGACAGGAAGCACCGUGGAGCCAGCUCAUGCCGUGGCUCAGCCAGAGGCCGGCAGUGUCCAGCCUGCAGAGCCACUGUUAGACUCUGCAGGGGCCGUGCUCGUCCACAGAGGAGC